AUGGAACGGUCAGGCGAUUCAUCACCGAAAGGUGAGGAGGAAUCCUGGACGUUUGUUACGAGCAAACGGCACCGCCAAACUGGGAAGAGGAAAGCCGUCCCAUUGGCCAGUGCCACGGUCCCAGUCACGAAACCUUCACCACAGGCAAGGGCAUCCACGCACCUUUCACUUCAAGAGAUCCAGUUGGACCAUGAGAAAUUCUCUCGUCAAUGGGCUGAGUCUGAAUGCUGCCGCCGUCUGCAAGAGCUUCUGUCAUCAAAAGAAUGCUCGUCGCGUCCUACGAAGGCAAUAUGCCUGGGCCUCGGUUCUUUCGACCCAGAAGACGGAUCAUGGCAAAUUCGCCGGCGAAGUCACGUUCAACUCGCCGCCUUUAUUACAAUUGUCAAGCGGCUGGAGGCAUCCGAUAAGAUCAAGAUACGCUGCAUAUUUCAGGAGCCCUGCUUCACCAACGCUGACAAGAAAUUCCUCCAAACCCUCGGUUUCGAAGUUGUCGAUUCUCCAUCAGGCUUUGACGAGGUAUCGGAGGAUUCCAUUUUAUUUGGAGUACAUCUGUACAGAGACAUAUACUCAGCCGCCAUCGAGAAGGCCAUACCAGCGAUAUUCAUCGGGACUGGAUAUGACGUUUGGGAAGAGUAG